AUGAGUGAAUCUGAAUUUACUUGUCAAGAUUUUAAGAAAUGCAUUAAUUCUGAAGAAAAUAACAAAAAUAGUUUUACUGUUGCUUUCGAAGAAAAUAGCAAAGAUGACUUCACUGUUACUUCUAAAAAAAAUUAUCAAAAUGGUUUCACUGUUACUUCUGAAGAAAAUAGCCAAGAAGGUUUUACUAUUGAUGAUGUUGCUUUUGCAGAGACUUUUGCAAGUGCUCAGUUCUUACUUGAUGAAGGUAAUGAUGAUUAUAACUAUGAAGAAGAUAAUAAUUAUGAAAAUAGUGAUGAAGACAUUAAUGAAGAAGUUGAACAACCAUCUACACAGAAUCAUAAGUUAACACUAUGUAUCAUUAUUGAUAUUACCAAUGGCAAAAUAAAAUGUUGUAAUACCAAAAGUAUUAAAGAUAACUUUCUGCAACUCGGAAUAUGUCUUUCUUACUUUGUUUUCAAUCAAAACCAACUUCAUAAUAGUGAUGCAAAACAAUCAUGUUCGAUUGAAAAAGCAAAGAAAAUUAAUGAAAAUAAUGUUCAAGUAUCUUGCAUUAGAAUUUUUAAAUGCUUAGCACUUACUGUAGGACCUAUUAUGAAUAAAUCAUCUUCAGGGUAUUGUGCUUGUUAUAUAUGUUCACAAUGUUUCCAAAUCAAAGUAGUAGAAGAAUCAUAUAACCAAAAACUAAAAAAUAAACUUUUAUUAUUCUUAGUGCCAUCUCUUCAAUUAUUAAAUAACAAUAAUGAAGAUAGCAAAGUAUCACAAGUGCAUCUUCCUAAAAAAUACUCAAAGAUUACUUCAGAAAAGGCAACAAUUAUAGGUGAAAAUAUGAAAAAGGAGAUUUUAUCUCUGCAUUUAGAAAUCCAACUAAAAAGAGAUCAAUUAGAAAAUCCAGUACUUGAAAAUAUAACUAAUAAUGGAAUUAUUAAUUAUCCAUUAUUUGGAGAGUUUACAAUUAUUAGUAAUCUUUUGAUGUUAUACGAAACUGUUUUAAAUACAACAUUAGAGAAAAAUAAGAAUGAAUUAGAGAUAGAAGACAUAUAUUUAGAAAUUAUAAAACAAAUACCUUCAGGUUGUUAUAUUCUAGUAAAUGUUGUAAUCUUAGAACCUGGUGAUCCACUGAAUUGUAAUAUUAAUGUUUAUAAUUCAUCACUUGAAACAUAUGAUGUAAAAUUCAUCAAGCAAAAUAUUUUUGGAAAUCUUACAGAUCAGGAAACUAUAAUGCAAAAAAUUAAAGCAGCACAAUGUGAAAGAGAUCAUCUGUCAAUGCUUCUUGCAAAAUAUACUGACGAUGUGAUAGUAAAUCAAAAUGCAUAUUCAAUCCAAUUCUGUAAAGACUCUCUUUGGUCAUUAGUUGCAAAAUUAAUAUCUAAAUUUAAAGCUCAAGAUAAACAUGAGUUAUUCAAAGGUGUGUCAAGAAUUAAUGAGGAAGGUUUUAAAAAAAUUCUUGCCUGCUAUGAGUCAGGAAAAUCAUGUCUUAAAGCAAUACUUAGGCAAAACAUGUGUAAAACAGAGCAAUAUGUAGUUUCUGAAUGUAGUGCUUGA